AGCACUUCAUUGUUCCUUUUUGAUCUGCCACAAAAUAAACUACAUUCCCAUUUGGACUUGACGCGGACGUACAAACGUACAUGCAGUGGAUGUUUGCUUGGUGAGUCUCUUUCUCUCUUACUUUGCUCGCCUACUUUCUUCUUGAAAUUGCUUUCAAAAAGCAAAGUUUCGGUUUCUAACCUAGGUUAAAAUCGCCCGCACAGAAAAAGGUUUAAAAAAGUCUUAAAUAAAUCACGCUCAACAGUUACCUCUAACCUUGAAGUUAAUAUAGAAAUGGUGCAGCGCAUACUGAGGUCGCAAUCUUUCUCUUAGACACGGCUGUCAUAAAAUCACCAUUAAAGGACAUUAAUCAGAUAGAUAAACCUUGGCCAAGAUGUGCAAAAAGGAGACGAUGACAUUUUUGGAACAUAAACCGCCAGCGGAAAAACGUCUUGAAUACUGCUUGAGAAUCACACUUCUUUAAGUGUAUUCUAUGUACUUAUAUGAUGCCUAAACUUAACUGAUCCAAAGCUACGUUUUUCACCCAUUUUAAGCAAAUAAGUGUAUCAUAAAAAACAAAAGAAGUCGAUUGUCGAUAAGGAUCAACAUCUUAAAGGAAGGAUUUUGUAUAUUUAGUAGUUCUUGUUGAACGUUUUCAAAUACCUUUUUUUCAAUACGUUUUUGAGUGUUAAAAAAAUACGCUGAGCGUUGAAUGAAAGAUCAAUUUAGGUUUCUGGAAAACUGCCCACCUACCCCUCCCCUAAGCCAGAACGCCUUGUUAAAUAUGAUUCACAAGACUAUCAAACAUAUACCCCGAAGAAAAAACUGUCUCAUCUGUGUCAUCUGUCCAGUUUCGAGUUGAAUUUUUACUUAAAAAAUAUCCACCUGGCUAAAAUCCUACUGUGAAGAACUGCCAGUUCGAAAGAACCUAGUAAGUUUGGAAUGCGGAAUUCAAAACUUCAUCUUGUUAAGGUAAUGUUACACGGGACGAUUCGCAACGAAGAUUUUUAGCGCAACAGAGCGUUGCAAUGUUGGAACAAUGUUGUAACCAUUCGAAACAAUGUCGCAACAAUGUUGCAACUCUGUGUUCCGCUAAAAAUCGUCGUUGCGAAUCGUCUCAUGUAAACAUUUAUAUUGAAGAUGUCAAUUGCUUAUGAAAAAGCCGACUCUUGGACAAACCAAUAAUUAAAGGUCUUGUACUGUUUUGUACUGUAUCUAUAAUUAUCAGGCAAAAGCGAAUAUUUUUGUGUUAAUUCUUUUGCAGAGAUGAACAACUCAACAGUGACGCUCCCUUGUUCCCUUAGUUCGCCAAGUAUCGCCACAAAAAUCGUUUUGACCGCUGUUUAUGCCGUUAUAGCGAUCAUCGCCCUCCUUGGAAAUUGUGCCAUAAUUACUAUCGCUAAAACAAGAAAGAGAAUUCGUAAAGUGCCAUUCAAUUUCUUUAUCAUAUCCCUGGCCGUCGCUGAUAUUUUUGACGCCCUCGUCUCUGUGCCAAUUUCGGUUUUGGUAAUGUAUAGCGGAGACGGAUGGUUUGGAGGAUUGAUUGGCGACAUCACGUGCAAACUUGUUCAUUUUCUCAAUAUGGUCUCUCUUGCUGCGUCCGUUUUUACUCUGAUUGCCCUUUCUGCGGACAGGUAUCUGGCCAUCGCCCACGUUUUUAGAAAACCCCUUUCUAAACGGUACGUCAAGUUGGUUGUCCUGUUGUUGUGGCUGCUUGCUGCAGCAUCAUUGUGUACGGUUUUUAUUAAAUACAGAGUACGUGGAGGGAACAAAGGCUACAAAUGCUUUGGCCGGUGGUCCGACGAUCUGGAAACUAAUCUUAGGUUCUACAAGAUUGAGGUGGGAGCUAAAUUUACUUUUUUGUACGUCGUGCCUCUCCUGUUGAUGGCUGUAAUGUACUUCUUGACCAUUCUCGUUUUAAAGAAGCGACAAGUCUUUGUCGAGAAUAUGUCACAGGUCAGAGUACAGGCGCAAAAUGUGGCUGUGAUCAAGAUGCUUGUCACCGUCGUUUUUCUUUUUGCAUUUUGUUGGAUUCCAAACUACAUUGCUCUUUUUAUGAUAGCAUUCGCCUACAACAAGUUAGAGUGCUGGCCCCUGUUUCUUGUGUGGUCACUGUUUGUACCCUCACACGUCAAUGGCGCCAUUAAUCCAUGCAUUUAUCUCGUUUUUAACGAAAGUUAUCGCAAAGGACUUAAACGCCUACUCGCCAACUGCCUCAAACAACCAGCAGUCGACAGUGUUACAAGGAGGACCAAUCAGUGGUCUGGAUUCUCUACUCUGGAACGUGACCCAUCCCGU